GGAUAACAACAUCUUGUAAAGAGAAUUAUCAAUAUCCUAACAACUAAUAAAAAUAUAAAUGAACAUGAGUCAAAACAAAAGAAAAACCUUCCCUAUAUUAACCACCCCAUUAGGCCAUUACUCACUCAACUAGGAAUAUCAUCAAUAUCAUUAGUACUCCACAAACUAUUUCAAGUUUUGGCUUCCCAGUAAAGCUGCCAAAUACUCCUCCCUGUUUCUGCCUAAAUUCCUAUACAAUUUCCCCCAAUUUUAGUAACCAUUAGACUUCAAAAUCUCAUCUUUGCUUCUUCAAUGCUCAAACCAAAUUAAACCCAUUUCUUGUUUAAUCCCAAAAAUUUCAAAAAAAACUAUAAAAAUUUGUAAUGAUGUGUUAGUCCCACCUUCCAUAACCAUAACCAUAUCAUAUCCCUUACUUCAAUCCAACUCAACUUCCUUAGCAUUUUUCCAUCCAAAUUCUUUCUUUGUAAACACUCAAUUUCCUUAAAGAUUAAAUAUUUUUCCCAAAAAGAAGUGGGUAUUAUUUUUUAGUGUAAGAUAAAAUGAGUAUAGAAGUUGUACAAUCUUCAAGUAUAAGUUCAAUGCAAAAUGGGCCCACAAGAAAUGAUGGACUAUACCAAUAUAGUCAUUAUCUGAAUAUCAUCAACAAUACUCCAUCUUUGUCAAAUGUAGAGGAAGAAGAAGUGGGUAGAGGAGAAAGAAAGAGGAGAAGGAGAGAAGAAGAGGAAGAAAGAGAUUAUCAGUUGAAAUUUGUUGGGUUGUUUUUUACUGCUUUUAGGAGAUCUGUUUUUGGGUGUUCAUCUUGUGAGAUUAAAACAGCUUUUUCUAAUUCAUCAUCAUCUUCUUCUUCUGUUUCUUGUGGUGGUAUGGAAAUUGGAUUGCCUACAAAUGUUAGGCAUGUUGCCCAUGUUACUUUUGAUAGAUUUAAUGGAUUUCUUGGUCUUCCUGUUGAGUUUGAGCCUGAAGUUCCUAGACGACCUCCUAGUGCUAGUACCACAGUGUUUGGAGUUUCGACCAAUUCCAUGCAACUUUCCUUUGACACAAGAGGAAAUAGUGUACCCACAAUUCUCUUACUAAUGCAACAUCGGUUGUAUGCUUUAGGAGGUCUCCAAGCAGAAGGAAUUUUCAGAAUCAAUCCUGAUAAUGGGCAAGAGGAGUAUGUAAGAGAUCAACUAAACCGAGGCCUAAUUCCUGAUGAUGUCGAUGUUCAUUGCUUAGCGGGUCUAAUAAAGGCUUGGUUUAGAGAACUUCCGACUGGUAUACUUGACUGUCUUUCCCCCGAGCAAGUCAUGGAAUCCCAAACAGAAGAGGAGUGCUUUCAGCUUGCAAAGCUUCUUCCCCCGACAGAAGCUGCUCUUUUGGAUUGGGCUGUGAAUCUUAUGGCUGAUGUUGCACAGUGCGAACAUCUAAACAAGAUGAACGCACGGAAUGUUGCUAUGGUUUUUGCUCCGAACAUGACCCAUAUGGCAGACCCUCUAACAGCGCUGAUGCACGCGGUGCAAGUGAUGAACUUCUUAAAAACACUCAUUGAAAGAACGCUAAAAGAAAGAGAAGAUUCGGUAUUAGACUCUGCCCUUGAUUCAUACAGCAGGGAUCCGUCAGGCGACAAUGGUUGUCACACCCCUUUACAAACCAUCCAUGAGGAUAAUAACGAAAGCGAGCCAGAUGUUGCAAAUGAACGCAAAUCUACACCCGUAAACCCUUCCACCUCGAUGGAUAACGAAGAGGAACCAACUAAAGACGACAAGAUUCACAGGAGUACAUCUGACGACAACAACAAAACUAAGCCAUCCAACAAACUGAAAAAUACUAAAAAUGGUCAGAAUUCUACAACUAAGAAGGGAACGAGAAAGAACAGCAACGAAAAACUUGUGAAUCAUGUACCUAACAAGUCCGCUGAGAAAACUAAAGGAACUAUCCUCGUUAGCAGUGUGAAGCUAAGGAACGACAGAAUUGAAGCUUGGCGGUGAAUUUAACCACGCUUAGAUAUGGUUGUAAUGUCAACGACCUUCACUCCAAAGAUCCGAAGAUGAAAUUUUAGUUUCACUUGGGAGUAAUGUAUUAUUAUUUGGUAUCUAUGUGUUUUUUUUUUUAUUUUGAUUUUUUGGGAAUGAUUUUAUAAAAUUAUUAUGGUUGUAUGAGUGAAUGGUGGAUUUGUUGUUGUUGACCAGUUUUUAAGUCAUUCUGAAUGUGUUGCAUUGAGCUAACAAGUGCAUCUUUGAGAAACAUAGGCCUUGUUUAAGGUCUACACUUGCUAAAUAGAAUCAACUUUGUAAAGUUAGCAAUUUGACAUAUUUACUAAGUUGUAUAAAACAUUUCUUUUACUAUUCUGGUUCAACCAAUUGUUUG